AUUUGGCAGCUAGUCCUCGAUGGUGUGGUGGAUAUGGAUGUAGCCUAUAAAGCAAGUGACCCGGGUUCAAAGCAUUACAGUGGAUUUUUUCUAUUUCGUUUUAUAUUACACACUAAAGUUGGACUUAAGUUGUUCUUCAUGUAAUUUUACCGAAAGAAACAAUCUGACUUCAGCCGAUGUUACCUAAUGCUAACCUUUGAAAGGAAAGGGGAACGGGAUUUUCUGGUCUUUUUCAUUUUUCACAUCCACCAGAGAAAUGUAAAAAUAAUGAAUACCUUAACCAGCAGUAAUAGAUGGUUGCAGUAACAGAUGGUGAGACGCUCACAGUUGCGUUAUUUUUGCAUACACAAUAAGUAGGCGGGAUGGCGACGACAAUAAUGACGCCCUAGUAGGCCUUCCCCUUCCGCCCCCCUGUCCCUAAAAUUCCCUUCCGAUUCCCUUUCGAACACUUACCACGCAGGCUGCAGAAUUGAAGUCAGAAGAAUCAGAAUAUUUCUAUUUUCUUCUGACUCCGUUUAUGACCCAGUGAAAAAUAGAUUGUUGGAGGGGGAAAAAAUACCGGAAAACCCGAAAAAAAAACUCUCCGUGCAAAGGAGAGAACCAAAAACAAAGCCAACCCACAUAUGGCGUCGACGCCGGGACUUGAAGCCUGGGCCACAUUCGUGGGAGGCGAGUGCUCUCACCACUGCUCUCACCACGGCGACACCCUUGCUCCCUGAAUUGAUGUAUGCACUCAUGAAGAGAUUAUUAAAUCAAAAAGAUGUUGGGUACAUCUCUUUAGCUUUAGUUUGUAUGAUGGAGUAGACCCUUCUACCUGGUUCUCAUUUCUACUAAGGCACUGUUUAUGCAGCAUGGCCUGCUUUACCAUGCUGGGUCGGCUCAUGCCUUGUUUUCUUAGAAAAUUGUGGUUGUGUUUAUAUGAGAAGGCUGGCUGGCCCGCUUGGUGAGAUCUUCCUUCAAGCAACCACGAUCUCGGCAAACGGGGCAGCCAACCUUCUCAUACGACACAGCAACAAUUUUAUAAGGAAACAAGGCAUGAGCCGAGCCAGCCCGUUUCAUCUCAUUUCCCUUUUUCGCUUUAGGUGUGACGAAAAUGCAAAGAUUGGAGACAAAAUGAUAUACGCAUCUUCGAAAGACACCAUCAAAAAGUCCUUCACUGGUUUAUCACUGGAAUUCCAAGCAAACGAUAAGGGUGAUUUGGAUUACAAAACUUUAAGCGAGGAAGUGGAAAAAAAAAGCUUAGUUAGCAUACAUCAGAACACGACACUCAAGCUUUACAACUUUUACUUUUGGUUUUGUUCACCUGCCGUUUACUUUUCAGAUGGCAAUAAAUAUCAA